AUCUCUGUAGCACGAGGGGAGGUACAAUGGAAAGUUUGACGUGCGAGCUGCGCGAAUAGUUGACAACUUUCUCCUCCCGUCGCGUGUUUGCCCUCGCCGCGCGCGGCCUCAUGAAUAUUAAUGAGGUCACAGUGCAUCUGACAGACCAUGUGUACGAGAGGUCAUUCAUGGCGGCACCAUGGCGCAGGCAGUAGCGUUGUGGUUGUUUCUCACUGGGAAUUUUCUCUCCUACGGGAACCCUCUGCCGUCCCAGAAUUCCAGCGUUCCCUUGUUCUCCUGUGCUUGUGAUGACUGCCCCGACUCUACCUGUGAAACAGCAUCCAAGUGCUACACUGUUGCCUAUAAGGAGGAUAACGGGGAGGAGCAGUACUGGAGGGGCUGCUUCGAGGAGGACUCCUCCCAGAUGAGCUGCAAGAUCGAGAACCUGGAGUACAAGCUGGCGCUCGCCAUCGAGUGCUGCACGGGCCAACUGUGCAACAGCGACCGGCGGCCUCAGAUCCCUCACGAAGAGCCAUACUCGGAGCACAACAUGCAGGAGUUCUGGCCCAUCGUCAUAGCAGUCGUGGUUCCAAUUGUCAUCGUGUCGAUGCUGAUUGGGAUCAUUUCUCUCAGCUGCCGCCAUUUCCACAAGCGCCGCAUGGACGCCCUCCUGGUGCAAGAGCGCCGCCUGCUGGAUGAGGAUGGUUUGCGCGUGCAGCACGUGGGCGAGAGCACUCUGCAGGAACUUCUUGAUCAUUCUUGUACAUCUGGCAGUGGGAGUGGCCUCCCCCAGCUAGUGCAGAGAACUGUAGCAAAGCAGGUGUGCCUUGUGGAGUGUAUAGGUAAAGGAAGAUAUGGUGAAGUAUGGCGAGGGCGAUACCAUGACGAAGAUGUUGCUGUGAAAAUAUUUUCAUCUCGAGACGAACCAAGCUGGUCACGUGAGACAGAAAUCUACAACAUGUGCCUUUUGCGGCAUGAGAACAUCCUUGGAUAUUAUGGCUCGGAUAUGACAUCCCGGCAUUCAUGCACGCAGCUGUGGCUGAUCACCCACUACCACCCUUAUGGCUCCCUGUAUGACUUUCUGCAGAAAACCACAUUAGAUUACGAGCAAAUGCUCAGUCUUGUGCACUCUGCGGCAGCAGGUCUCUCGCACCUCCACACGGAAAUCAUAGGCAACAGAGGCAAACCUGCCAUCGCACACAGGGACAUGAAAACCAAGAACAUUCUGGUCAAGACGAACAUGACGUGUUGCAUUGGAGACCUUGGACUGGCUGUCAUUCACCGCCAGCAGGAGAAUGUUCUGGACUUGGGUCAUAACCAGAAGGUUGGUACAAAACGAUACAUGGCUCCAGAGCUUUUGGCAGAAACACUGAACCCUGAUUUCUUUGACUCUUUCAAGUGUGUGGAUGUCUACGCUUUUGGACUUGUCGUCUGGGAAGUAGCACGACGAUCAGGAGAGUAUGCAGAAGAAUACAAGCCACCAUUCUAUGAGUGUGUCUCAAGCGAUCCCAGCUUUGAAGACAUGAAGAAAGUGGUUGUCAUAGACCAGACACGACCUGUCAUUCCCAACAGAUGGUCGUCAGACCUGCUCAUGAGCCAGAUGUCCAAGUUGAUGAAAGAGUGCUGGGCACAGAAUCCAAAGGCACGCCUGCCCAUUUUGCGGGUAAAAAAGACUUUGUUCCAGCUACUGAACUCUUGGCAGUUACAGCGCAAAGAAGACAGAAACUUGAAAAUAGAGAAUCUGGAGAAGAGUGUGUGAAAGUGUGCAUAGUUCGUUAUGGAGUAAUACUUCAAUUCUGUCAUGGAUCACAGAGGUGAACACGACCACAGUGUGGCUUUUGAUUAUCCUGCAUAUAAGCAAACGGUUGGACUGAGGCAACAUUGAGGUGAAUCUCAUGCAGUGUAGGCAGAGAAGUCCUCCCAGAAAAAUCUGCAUCCUACUUUGGGCUGUGAAGCUAGGUCCACUAGGAAAUGCUGCAUGAGGGAAAGAGUUUCUGCAAAUAAGAAAUUUUUGACCUUAUUCUUCAGGAAAGAGGCAGUUGAAGAUGAUAAAGUGAGGAAAAGUUAUGCUCAAAGCCGCUGGUGUUUACACAAGAAAAUUGCAGAUGUUAUGAAAAAAGUAAAGUAAGGAGAUUUAUCACUAUAAUUCCUUGUUACCAUUGGCCACAAGGAAGAACUUGGUGUUUUGGUUAGCUCCCUUGCAGAAUUUGAACAUCUGUAGAGGUCACUUGUCUGUUCACAAUGAAUAAUUAGAAGUUGGUGUGUUGGUGGUGGGUAGUGGGAGGAAUAUCUGAAGCACAGGAAUGGAUUCUUUUGUUCUUUCUGACAGGCAUAAUUUAGCAUAUAGCAGAUAUGUCAGAACUCUUUUAGCAUACACUUGAGUUUUCUGUUUUCCAGUCUGUGAAUUCUGUUAUUGUGCCCCAGCUAUUAACUGCUGAUGUUUGAAUGAAUGCAGCUGUAAAGUAAAACCAUGGAAACCCACCUCAAACAAGUGCCUUUCAAAAGACAAAAGGAAAUGUGGACUGUAAGCAUGACUCUUCACCGACUCACUUUCUCCUCUAGGAGUUUGCCUCAUGCCAUGGAUAAUCAUUAGUUGUCUCUGCCAUUCUGAUGGCGGUAGACAAUAUGUUUAGAGCCGUGAACACUUGAACAUGUAUCAAGUUUUAAUUUAGGAGCUUAGCGUAUAAUUAUCGAUACAAAGAUUACUUAGCAGUCAGAGAAAGCCAUCUUUAUUAUGAUGGGCAAGGCAUAUAUUUUCCAUUUCUUUAUUAUAUGAUCAAAAUGCCAAAACUGUGAGGCUAACCAAGUAGCCUGCGAGUCGGUGGUCUUAACUGGUGCAAUGUAGGAGUUAAAUAGAAACAAAACAAAAUGUGAUUUUACACUUGUGGCAUGUUCACAGUAGAAAAUAAAUUACAUACUGUUUUGUUUUCUUCACAAAAUAAGUGUAUUUUCUACUUUAUUGACAAUAUUUAUUGUUUGUAGUGUUAUAAAUAUGACUUUUUCUCAAAAUAUGAGGAUGUUUAAAUGACCAAAACACCAACAUUUUAUCAGAAUUCUUAUUAAUAUCACCGAAAUGUGAGGGAAGUUAGCCCAGUCUGUGAAUGCAUUGAAAAUCUUUAUAGCAAAGUAGUCAGAACACUUUGUAGUACUGUUAAUAAGGUAAAAAUUUACUGCAACUGCUUUCAAGCACUUCUUUGUUAACAUUGAAAAAUUGUGAAACAAGGUCAAGUCAGUACAUGCCAACAGUGUGUUUGAAGACCUAACAUAGGCUGUUGGAUGCACUUUGUGAGGAUUAUAUGUGAUUUUUUUUUUUUUAUAUAAACUACAUUUUAUUUGAAAAUUUUAACAUCAUAGGCUUACAGAUUAAAAUGGUAUGACUGAACUCAGGUCACUUAGUAUAUCAUAGAAAGAUAUUAAGAUAUUCUCUGAUAAUGAUACCGGCUUUGGUUUUAGGAGACUGAAUAUAAAUUUGUGACUCCAGAUGCACGUAGUUAUUAUUCUGAAUGAUAAAAUUCUGAAAGUUUGUGCAUGUUGAAUCACAAGCACAGUCUCUUUUUUCCCCAUUCCCCUGCCCCCAACACUUCCCCCCAAAUUUGUUGUAGGCAUUUGCAUAUCAAAUGGUGAGAUUUUCAUCACAUGGGUGCAAUUUUGUGAAUUUUCGAAAGAAUAUGUAUGUGUGUACAUGUAUGAUUGUGUGUGUGUGUGUGUGCAAAUGUGCACAUAUUAGUGAGGGAAUGAUAAGAUUAUUACACAGUUUAAUUGUUAUGCUGUAUAUCAUUGUUAAUCAUUUUUCUCACAAGUGUAUCCUACAUUCACCAUGAGUCGGUCCUUUGAUGCUUUGAAAGAUUGGUUACCAUUAGCACAUGUGCUGUCUGUCUUGUUUCUUACUUGUAGCGAAUCCCUUCUGAAGGGGUACCAGUCUGUGGAUAUGCAAUAAUACAGCGUGUGUGUGUGUUUGCAUACAAGUAUACAUGUAGGGAUAUGUUUUGUUCCGUCCAACUUCCUACACAAAUACAUGUACCAGCAGAUUAACUUAAAGCACACAUAGACAAAAUAAGUAGGGCUUUUUAUUUGCUUUAUUGGAAAAUCAGGUGCCUUGAUAUUUUCGAAAACCAGCUAGGAAAAAAUAUUAACAAGAUAGAGCUUCCAAGUAUACACAGUCAAGUCUUUUUGGCAUAGGUCUACAAAUUACCAUCCUGGUUUUCCUUUCUGUGCCAUUCCAUUCAUCCACAAUGAAAGUUACAGUAAAUACUCUUAAAUAGGAUAUCUGAAUUGUAUUCUGUAAAAGAUAUUGAAAUUCAUGGUCAUUUUGUGUGUAAGAGAGAGGAAGGACUCAAUAAUAAUUUCUUACAGACAAAAGCAUAACUGCUGAAGAGACUGUAGAACAUGCAGUCUGUAGAAAUUCACUGCAGCACAUUUGGGAAGUCUGGCAUUUAAAGGUUAGAGUACAAGAGCUUCUUAGACCCUCUUAAAGUGGAGUCUUAAAGUCUACAUAGUUUGACACAUUGUACCAAUGUGUUUAAAUCUCUUUCACAUUCAAUUUCGGAAGUUAUGGCUGUCUAUUUCAUUCCUUGACUUUGGUUCUACAACGAACAAUCAAAUGACUUUAAGCAAGGUGUGGGCAAACUAUGGACCACUGGCUUUGGACCGGACUGUCUGCAAAAAUAUGAAGUGCACUUGUUUUCAUUUUUAAUUUAUUCAGCCUAGGUUAAUUUUAUUAAACUUAUUAAGUAAAACAGCGUUAGAAAUUGGCAAUCUGUAACAUUCUAACACAAAGUACAAAGAUAACAAAAAUCAUGGCUGAAACCUCUGAUGUAGUUCUAGUGAAGAAAAACACUUCUAAAACAUAUUUAUCUUUUAUGUUUCCUGUAAUGCCAAAAUAUGGCCUGCUAUAAGGAGAGAGUGAAAUGCAUCGAAUACUAAAGCAAUACUAAUGCAAAUGAUGAUAGAAGCAAGAGAGUUAAAGAGAUUGAUUAUAAAGUUUAUUUCCCAGGCCAUCAUGGUUGUCUCCAGAUAUACUGUUUCAUCCAGCCUAUGUGUGUUGUGUGAGAGAGAGAGAGCAGGAGACUUGAGGGAGUAAUUCUGAUUAGAAUGAUGGUGAAUAAAUUUGUAGGAUACAUUUGAUGCCUGCUGGUGUGUGCUUGUGUGACUUCACGUAUGUAAGCGCCUUGAGCCUGCCUGUGUUGGUGAGAAAAGGUGCUCUGUAGGUAAACAUUAUUAUUAUUGUUGUUAAUCUUUUUCCCCCUCCCAGAAUCCCCUAUGUCAACAGAAAAUAUGAAUUAUAAUGUGAGAUGUUGAUCAUCAUCAGUAAAGUUUCUACAUGCUGUAACUGUUCUUGACUUAUUUUGCCUAUUUUUUUUGUUUUUUUUCGUAUGUGAGAAAAGAGAUUUUAACAGAUGUCACUUGCCCUCACUGUUCAGAUUUGCUCCACCUGAAAUUAUUGUUCACUUUAAGUACUGUGAUGUCUUUCGUCUUACUUUGUUAAUUAAGUCGUUUACUGUUUUUAGAUGUGGCCAUGGUUGGGAUUCCUCUGUUUGGAUGGAAUGUGUCUACCUUCAUUGUCAGGUUAAAUGGUUUGGGUAAUGUGUGAAUGCCUGCAAGACACAUAGAAAAAAAGUUUUCACAAAGUUGUAGAUAUUCAUGAUUUGUCAUUAUAUCUUGUAAAUAAAAGUACACUUCAUGACCGGGUUGGCAUGAAAACAGAAAAUGAAGAAAUAAAAUAAGUUAUUUAAGAAAAA